AGUCGUAUCACUGCGAUCGCUUCUCGCCUCUCAUUCACACACGCUCACGCUCUCGCUCUCUCCUUUCAAAACGACUUGGUCGUUGGUCCUCUUCCUCACUCUCCCUUCUCUAUCUCUCUUCUUUCCUUCAAACCGCGUUUCUUUCUUCUCUAAAUUCCCACAUCCUUAAAGAUCCAACAGAACAACCAUCGCCCACCACCAUCACCACCAUGAUAUUAUCAAAUCUCUCUAACCAUUUCUAUGGCUUUUCUUUUCUUUCAUAAUACUUUUUCUUUCUUCUUCUUUUUUCUACUCUUUUUUUCUUCUUUUACUUCUGUUCUUCCACUCUCUACUGUUGCAAUUUCUGAAACUUCCAGCCACACGUUGAUUUGUGCUUUGGGGAUAACUACUAGUGAUCAAUCUUAUCUUAACUGUUCUAGUUUUCCUUCUGGGAUUCAGUUUCCUGUACUGAAUUCCAGCUUUUCGUAUUCUGGGAUUGUUGCCGGAGAUGGGUUCAUCUGUGCGGUGAUUUCUUUCUAUUCCUCCUCUUCCAGUUCAAUUAUGGUUUGCUGGAGAUUCUCUACUAAUGGUAAUAAUCUGGUUUACAAGAGAAUCUAUCAAGGUCCGCUUCUCAGAGAGAUUCAAGCGGGUAAUUCCCAUAUAUGUGGGCUUAACACCACCAAUCGACUCCAUUGUUGGCAGUGGCCGGAAUUCAACUCUACUGCUGCUCAGAACUUGAGUUUUUCGAGUAUUGCAGUUGGUGAAGAAUUCGUUUGUGGGAUAUCAGGAUUCGGGAAUAUUACUUGCUGGGGAAAUUUUUCCAGUGUCAGUAACCCUCCCUCAGGGAAUUUUAGCAUGAUUGCUGCUGGAUUCAGGCAUGCCUGUGCUCUAACUUUUUCUAACCAGUUGCAUUGUUGGGGAGCUAUGGAGGGCGAAAAACCACAAGAUAAAUUCAAACUGUUGGCAUUAGGAGAGAACCGUAGCUGCGGUUUGCGGCUUAAUGAUACAGUAGUUUGCUGGGGGCAGAACAAUUUCAGCUUGCAAGAAAGUUUGAAAGAUGAGUUUUUUAUCAAUAUUGAAGCUAAGAGGAACAUUUUCUGUGGAGUUCUGAAACAGAAUUAUUCGUUGGUUUGUUGGGGUAAUGAGAUCUUGGACUCUAAUUCAAUGGUGUUUAACGAAGUAAUCCCAGGACCAUGUACAAGUAGCUGUUCAGAUCCACAUGAUAUGUUACCAGGAUCUGAAAAGUUUUGCCCCCAAGGUUUAUUUAUUUGUGAGUAUGAGCCUGAAAUCGUUAUUCCACCGUUGCCUGAGCCACAGUUACCGCCAUCUCUGCCGCCAUCGCCGGCUUCAGAGGGAUCAACAAGUAGUGGAUGGAGUGACAAGAUGAUAGCUUUCCUAGUAGUGGGCUGUGUGGGCUUCUCUAUUUUGUUGCUAGCCAUUGGCUUCUUUUUAUUCAGAUUCUGCAUUUGCAGAGGCUACCGAGUCCAUGAUUCAGGGCGGUUGGAUGAGACCGGAGCACCGCUCGAACAAGGUACAAGACAACAGCAGCAGCAGCAACACCCACAAAUCCAACAAGCGCCACUAUCACCUGUCCUAGAGAAGCGUCUUAGCCAAUUGGCCAGCAUGGGAAAUGCAGGUCAUUUAGAAGAAUUCUCCUUGCAGCUGCUACUUCAAGCCACAAACAACUUCUCCGAAGAUCACAAAGUUGGCACAGGAAGCUUCGGCUCAGUCUAUCGUGCCACAUUAGAGGAUGGCCGAGAAGUAGCAAUCAAACGAGCUGAAACAUCGAGCACUAGCUCCUACGCAGUAGGAACCAGACGUCAAGAAGAUAAAGACGAUGCAUUCAUUAACGAACUCGAAUCCUUAUCCCGUCUCCAUCACAAGAAUCUCAUCCGGUUACUAGGCUUCUGUGAAGAUUCUAACGAAAGGGUAUUAGUCUACGAAUAUCUAAGCAAUGGCACUCUCAAUGAUCACCUCCAUAAGCUCCAAAGCUCACCAUUAAUGUCAUGGCCUGCAAGAAUCAAAGUUGCAUUAGAUGCAGCCAGAGGAAUCGAGUACUUGCACGAAUAUGCAGUGCCAUCGAUCAUUCACCGCGACAUAAAAUCAUCUAACAUACUACUGGAUUCAUCCUGGACAGCCAAGGUCUCAGAUUUCGGACUAUCGUUGAUGGGUCCUGAAGGCGAAGAAUCCCACCUGUCACUUCGAGCCGCCGGCACAGUAGGCUACAUGGAUCCAGAGUACUACAGACUUCAACAGCUGACGGCAAAGAGCGACGUGUACAGCUUCGGAAUAGUGUUACUAGAGCUAUUAUCAGGAAUCAAGGCAAUACACAAGAAUGAGAAUGGGGUGCCAAGAAACGUGGUAGAUUUUGUAGUACCAUAUAUUGUACAAGAUGACAUACACAGAGUGUUAGACUCGAGAGUUCCACCACCAACGCCGUAUGAAAUAGAGGCGGUAGCAUAUGUAGGAUACUUAGCGGCAGAUUGUGUGACGUUAGAAGGCCGAGAUCGGCCGUCGAUGACGGAGAUUGUAAAUAGCUUAGAAAGAGCUUUGGCUGCAUGUUUGGUAAACCCCACUUCGCUUUCGCGGUCCACAACUGCGUCCUCCACGUAACCCAGGAACUGGUCUAAUUUUUUUUGCAUAAAUCAUUUUUUAUUUUCCAUAAAUUUUUAAUUAUUUUUUAUAUUUCAUUUUUGGGUUCAAAAAGUGUAUGCUCGUGUACCUAAAAAAAAGGGCGUUGAUUAUGGCGAACAGCUAAUAUAAUUUUUUUUUUGUACAUUUAAUUUUGAAGGAUUCUU